CGCUCUGUGGAGCUUGGAAGUAAGUUAAUCGCUUGUAAUUCUUACGGUGUUAAUGUGAUUAUGCAGAUGCCUCGAGGGAAUCUGGAAACUAUCCACCCUCGACUCUUUGUAAUUCGCGUUAUCAAGCAGCUGAUAGACGAACAGAAUUACUUGGAGGCUAUUAAAUGUAUGAAAAAGCAUCGUAUUGAUAUGAACCUGAUUGUGGAUUACAAACCUGAUGUUUUUAUGAAUAGUAUACCUAUGUUUAUACAGUCGGUGGCUGAUCCUGAGCUCAUGACUAUUUUUGUCACGGCGUUAAAUAAUGACAGAAGUCAAUACUGCGAUGGAAUCGUCAUUAGUGACAAGGUGAAUAGGAUCACUGAGAUCUUGGUAAGAGAAAUUCUCUCACUGGCACCUAAUCGUCGUGUACACAUGUUUGCCGUCGUGUUGUCUGCUCUGCUGAAAUCGUCACCACCGCAAGUCGAAGAAGCGUUACGCCUAAUGAAGAAGGAAACGGAUGAAAGUAGUGGAAGACUCACAGAAAGCGGCUCUGAGGAAGGCGAAAUCCGCCGAAACGUCAACUUUAACGUAGCAGAGAUGUCAAAUCGUGAUCCAAAAGAGUACGUACCGUUAUUGAAUGAGCUUCGAAAGGUGGAGCCCGAUGAUUACCGUAAAUUUCGAAUAGAUAUGGUAAGAGAGGAUUGGAAGAGUGCUCUAACACAUUUAUCUCGUCUUGACGACAAAUGGAACGAAGCUGUGGCUUUGAUUCGCGAAAAGCAACUGUACUCAGCAGCUUUAAUCAUAUACAAAAAUUCCUCAAGAUUUAAGGAUGUUUGCUCCAUUUACGCGGAAGUAUUGGAAUUGAAUGCUUUGUGGGAUGAGGCAGCGCUAAUAUACAAUAGAGCUGGGGACAAUGAAAAGGAAUUGCGUUGUUUGGAAUUAUCUCGAAAUGUGGAGCGCUACGUAUCUCGAGCACGUGUACUGGGACUACCAGAUGAGGUCGUCAAUACAGCAAUAAUGAAAAUGGCAACCGUUUUGAAGGCGUCCGGUCGGUGGUGUGAGGUAGCAAAAGCGUUGGAAAUUGCGAAGGCUCCAGCUGCAUCUAUAAUUGAGGCUUACUCAAAAGCUGGUCGUUGGCUAAAUGGCGUAGAUGCGGCAGAACGUUUCAGAGCCGGUUUUCUUAGUUUAGAUGUGUCAUUGAUGCGCGAAUUCUUGGCUGGACAUGCGAAAGGACUUUUUGAAGAUGUCGGAACAAAAUCUGAAGAAUUCCACAGGUACAUGAAACGUCUGGCACUAGUCCGAUCGAUCAAAAAAGAAAACAUUAUGAAGAUAAAGAACGGCAUAGAAUGCGGUAAAAAUUUUGAGAUUGAUCGGAAGAAGCAAUCGUUAAAGGAAGGUGGCGAGUACGAGGACUCGGCUCUACUGAAUAUUUUGGCAACGCAUUAUCACUGGUUAAAUGAUGUGAUGGCCGAGCUGAUCGAGCUCUUGCCUGCUUUGGUACGUAUCGAUGAGUUAUCUCUGGCUUUGUCCUUGCAGCAGUCUGUUGAGAAAUUUUUCAUUGAUGCUAGUAUCAAUCACCCACAAAUUUGGCCGAAUAGGUUACAUCCUUGGAAUCUUCCUGGUCCAAUAGAUGGUUUGUACACCGUGGAUGGUAUUUUCACUCCUCCAAAGGACGGACAAAUGCCUGAAGUCGUAUCGCUAGGUAAGUCGAUAUACAGUAUCGUCUUUAAAGGUAUAGCAACUGCUACUUCUGGUGAGUGUUACUACUGA